GCUCGUAUUUAUUAGUCGCAAUGCGACCUUGAAGAAACCCUAUCGCCCCAUUUUACCGGCGAUGCUACUAUAGAUCAAGAAUGUAGUUCUUCCGCGUGGUAAUCUAUAGCCUGGACCUCUCGGCGGUCGAAGCAAAGAUUAGUAUAUUAUGACCAACCCGAAGGGAAUGCUGGGCAAAUUCAAAUGCUAACCUCAACUAAUCCGCUCUCCAUAGGAUUCAUAGCUCCUCAUCGUCAAGAGAGUACAGAAGAAUUGAAAUUGAAAAAUGAAGUGUCUCUCAUUAGCAAGAGCCGUGUUAUCUGGGCUCCUCUUGCAACAUGUUUCUGCCGCCCCCACUGCGGAUACAUCCAUAAGAGCCAUUUACUUAUUCAAGGAUGUAUUGAAAUCAAACACUGCGUCUUUGAAAACAUCCGGCUUCAAUUCACUUAUUAUGUUCGGUGUUGGCAUUCUUGAGAAUGGCGACAUUAUGUAUUACUCGAACACACCGGGGAGCUCUGACGCCCUUGUCGCCUCCAACGGUAGCUACGUCGGCGGCGAUGCUCUCGCUGAGAAAGUCCGAUCGUUCAAGACAGGUGACACGGGCGUGAACCGGCUCGAGAUCUCGAUGAACUCUCAACAUGUCAAGGAUCUCGUCCAAUCUCCGGGAACUGGUUCUUCAACGCCCCUGUACCGCAACUUCGCGGCGCUGAAAGAGGCGUGGGAUCUUGACGCUGUAAAUAAUGACGAUGAGUCCAUAUACGACGUCUCCAGCACUGUUGCAUUCGCAAAGAUGCUCGGCAAUGUGGGAUAUAAGUACACAAUCGCACCAUACACCAACACGGGCUUCUGGAAAUCUCUUAUAACGCAGACUAAUAAUGGCCUCGGAGAACCGAAUCUGCUCCUAGACAGGGUGUACCUGCAGUGCUAUGACGGAGGCGCGGGGAAUAACCCCGCAAGCUGGCAGAGCACUCUUGGGCUUAAGGUCGUGCCGCUUGUAUGGGUUACAAAUGACUCGAAGCCGUCGCAAGGUAUUACUGCUGCACAGGCGAAGUCUAGAUUCCAAAGUUGGACUGCGCAAACAACCCUCGCCGGGGGUGGGUACUGGAACGACUAUGAUAUUGAGAAAAUGGGACUAUCGUAUACCGACUAUGGGAAUGUUCUGAAGAGCGUUUUCCCAUAGGAUUGGAUCUGUUUAUUAUAGGUACCUAGG